GCACAAAUCCUUUAUAAGAGACCUGACAGAAAAAAACCUCUUCAUUUAUAUCACUAUUUUGAUAGCAGUUCGCUCCAAAGGACUGAGAGUGUGUGGAAAUAAAUGCAGCAUGAAUUUAUUGCACCCCCCUUUCCCCGAUUAUGGACGUCCCCGUGGGAAGAUCCCGCCCAUAGAGACAGGUGGAGCAGGUGCUGAGACUUUGAUCGUUUGGCAUCUGUGUUCCCUUGUUGGGAUACAAUGGAAGUGCCACAGCAGGGCUGUUCCUAAUGUUGCUGGGCGAGCCAGGGAUUUCAGCAGCUCACCGACUGAUCUCCAUCUCCUGCUGUGCUCGAAGGUGACAUAAUCCCCUUCGCUAACAGGCUGGGAUACAGCACCAGACCAAUCAGAUGUCCUCGCUCAGUGACCAAUGAAAGAGCAGCUUGCAUCCCCAGGCAGGCAAAUGCUUUGGGUACCCAGGUUGCUGAGCUCCAGCUUGGCUAUGUGCAACUGUCAGUCUGCACCUGAUUUACGGCUCUGCUGAAAAGGGAUUGUUUUUUUUUUCCCAGCAACAUCAGCAACAAGUCAGGGUUUAGUUCUCCUUUAAGACUCCAAAUCCAAAUCCUGCAAAACAGCCGAGAAGAUAGGAUUCAGCUGGUGCAUCCCUACUGGUAAUGCAACAGAAACCAUUCGAAGGAAGUAAACCCGCAUGGCCAGACUCUGUGAGAAAUGGCAACUUAUACAAGCUUUUCUGCUGCCCUCAAUGCGGAGAAAAUGCCCGUUUCAGAAGCUUGUCUUCCUUGCGGGCGCAUAUAGACUACAUGCACAGCUAUGAGGAAAGGUAUAUUUGUGGGAAAUCAGGCAUUUAUUGCGCCCUGAAAGAUAACGCCCUUAAAGCGUCCAUAGGACCCCUGCAGGAGACGCAGAUAAAUGCUACAGAUGACUUAAAACCAACGAGUAGCUCUCCAUCUUUUCACAACAUGACAAAUGAAUGCCGAAAGAUAAGUGUUCCCAUGGAAGUAUCUGAAAGGCUUUCACCUCUCCCGAAAAACCCCUAUCCUGCCGACUCUCCGGGCCUCCAUAAUUCUCUCUCGGAGUUCCCUGCAAACAGGACUAAGCUGGAGCAGCGAGAGAUGGACAUGCUUGAACAAAUUGUAGAAACGGUGGAUAAGACCAUCGAGAAAAGAAUUGAGAAACUGAAUAAAGAACUUUGCCAGAAAACUUCCGAGCUGCUGGAAGUUCGGGCGGCUUUUCUACAGCUCUCUCAGAAGAAACAGGAGGUUCAGCGCCGAGAGCGGGCACUUAGUCGACAGGUCGACGCUGCCGUUGAGUUGAUUGCGGUACUUCGGCAGCGGCUGACCGAAUCUGAGCAGGAACUUCAGAGGAAAGAGGAACAAGUUGUUUCAAUAAACCAUUUUCUGGAGGCAGCAGCUGAAAAGGAGUUUCAUGGUAAAAGGCGGCUACAGCAGUUCAUGGAGAAUCUGCUACUGCGAGUGGAACUUUCUGAAAAACAACUGGAGUAUUAUCAGAACCGUCAAAUCAAGAACAGCCAAGCAAGUGUCGGGGAUGCUAUAGUUGGGCCUGUUCCAGCUAACAGGAAAAGCAAGUGCCAAAAUCGUGGCAGUUACCACCCCGUAAAUGUUGUUCCUGAUGCCAAAGCUCCAUCUGCACAGAAAGGGAGAUCAUAUAUCAAUCGAGUGGGGAUACAACCAAUGAAAUUGCUCCACGAGUCUUCUGACUAUCCGAGAGACCUCUGGAAGUGUCAGAAGAAAGGCGAACCUUUGGUGUCUGCCAGAAAGCUACACAGCAAAUCCAAACUAGGGAAGAAAUCAGGCCCGUGCAGUUGUGCUUACAAGCAAUAUUAAAUUUUACAGCUAUAUUUUACAUUUGAAUAAAGCCAGAAAAG